AUGGAUCGGAUUUUCUGGAUGGCCAAGGAGGAUGGGCGUUAUGACACUAAAUCCAGUUAUGAGUUUAUUUUGCAGGGACAUACUCUGGCUUCAUCUUCUGGUGCAACGUCAGGAAUUUGGAAGGCUCUUUGGCAAUCUAUAUCUAUCCCUCGGUGUAAGGAGCUUAUUUGGCGGGCCUGCCAUGAUAUUGUCCCUGUGCGUGCUGUCUUGGUGAACCGUGGCACUGUCACAGAUUCUAUAUGUCCUCUAUGUGGAGAUGAAGAUGAGACCUUGGUUCAUGCUUUCUUUGGGUGCUCGGAGUUGGCACCGGUUUGGUUCAGUUCACCGUUGUCUAUGGAUUUUCGUAAUGUCCCAGAUACAUUUUCCUUGGUUCAAUGGCUGUCUCAAAUUUUGAAAGAAGGAGAUGAGUGGCUAGUUGAUUCAGUUUUCACCUUGAUGUGGGCAAUAUGGGAGCGGCGAAACAAAUGGUGCUUCGAACAACAGUGGUACCCGUUUGAUUAUGUGCUCCGGCGGGCUUUUUCCAUGGCGGCUGUGGGAUUUAAUGGUGGUGAUGGAGGAGUUGUGCUUCAUGGCCAGCGCCGCGAGGGAGAUCGCGCGAAAUGGAGACCACCGCAAACGGGGAUUAUUAAAGUUAACGUUGAUGCUUCUGUCCCGACUGGCUCUCUGAUGGGAUAUGGAUACAUUGCUAGAAACUCGAGGGGAGAAGUGCUUGCCACAGCUGCUGCUAAAUGGCCAACGGUGUCGACGGUGGCUCUUGCAGAGGCGAUGGCAUUGAGGUGGGCUUUGCAGUUAUCUUUGGACCUUUAUCUUUGGACCUGGGUUUUUUUGCUGUGGAAGUUGAGAUAA